AUUCGAACGACCUUUCCACAAAAAUGACAGAAACAACAUUAAUUUUUAACACAAGUAUGACACAGGAACAUAUCGUCAAGGUUGCAUUGACAUUCUUUGUGACCGCGAUCACAGUUUUUGCUUUGCCGUUAAUCGUUACAUCAUGGCGAGAGACACCACCUUCGUUGGAAAAAGUAGAUAUCCCUUCUACACCCGAAGCUGCAAAACAUGAUUGGAAACCGACAAACAUUCUCGAUCGUCCUUCUAUCGUACCUGCAACAAGAGACAAUGUUCGUGAAACACGUUCACGUAGUACGAAAAACAGUAAUGGCACAAAAGGAUCAGAUGUGGAUACGAUCGUUGCAUAUUGUCCGGCUACGGGAGCCUAUCUGGAUGAAAUCGUAGCGGAUUCAGAAGCAAGCAUUGAUGCAAAAGUACGCAAAGCACUAAUGGCACAAGAGAAAACAUGGCAACCGCAAGGUAGAAAUUGGACACAAAGGAGAAGGGUACUCAAAACGAUCAAAGCAUGGAUGGUAAGGGAUAUGGAUACGCUCGUACGUGUUGCUUGUCGUGAUACGGGAAAGACGGCAAUCGAUGCCGUUUUGGGAGAAAUUUUAGUCACCCUCUCAAAGCUGGACUGGUUGAUCAAGAAUAGCGAAAAAGUCCUACGUCCACAGACAAGGCCAAACAACUUGCUUUUGGCACAUAAACGCUGUACGGUAUACUAUGAACCAGUUGGUGUGGUAACAGCAUUAGUAUCGUGGAACUACCCUUGUCAUAAUGCUUUGAGCCCAAUUUUAGCUGGCUUGGCAUCGGGUAAUGCAGUAGUCGUCAAAUGCUCUGAAAUGGUGGUCUGGUCGACGCAAUACUACAUUCAAGGCGUUCAUGCUUGUUUGCGUGCAUGUGGUCUUUCACCCGAUUUGGUUCAAUUGGUCUGCUGCUUGCCGCCCGUUGCUCCUGUCUUGACAUCUCAUCCACUGGUGAGACAUUUGACUUUCAUCGGCAGUGAAUCAGUGGCAAAGAUGGUAGCAAGAGAUGCUGCUAAAGUGAUGACACCAUGCUGUUUAGAAUUAGGAGGAAAAGAUCCGAUGAUCGUAUUGGAAGAUGCAUCUCUCUCUUUCUUCGUGCAGACCUGGUUACGUGCUGCAUUCGGUUCUGGUGGUCAGAAUUGCAUUGGUGCUGAACGAUUCAUCGUUUCACGUAAGAUCAUGCAAAAGUUCUUGGAUCUAGUCACACCCAAAGUCAAGAUUUUACGUCAAGGUAGUUUCUUGGAUGAUGUAGCACCCGGUACCAAGCAGGGUAUCGAUGUGGGUGCAAUGAUCAGUGAUAACCGAUUCGAUGCUCUAGAAGCUUUGAUAGCUGAUGCAGAAUCACGAGGAGCACGAGUCUUAGCAGGCGGAAAGAGAUUCAAUCAUCCAAAUCACCCUUCCGGUCAUUAUUUUGCUCCCACGCUCAUCGUCGACGUUACGCCUGAUAUGCCCAUCGCACAGGAAGAAUUGUUUGCUCCCAUCUUUUUGGUGAUGCCAUUUGAUACAGUAGAAGAAGCAGUCAGUCUUGCAAACGGAACAAGAUUUGCUCUCGGAUCUUCUGUUUUUGGAAGCAAUCGUUCCGUUUGCAGAAAGGUUGCCGAUCAGCUACAUGCAGGAAUGGUAAACAUUAACGAUUUCGCCGUUUCUUAUCUAAAUCAAGGCUUGCCAUUCGGAGGAAACAAAGCCAGUGGAAAUGGUCAACGGUUCGGUGGUCCUGAAGGACUCUUGGCACUUUGUAAUACAAAAGCAGUCACUGAAGAUCGAUUCUUUUCACUCAUCAAAACUGCCAUUCCUGGACCAGUACAUUAUCCACACGCAGAUUCACUCAAAGCAUAUGCGUUUGUUGUCGGUCUAGCAACCUUUUUCGGCGCAGUCACUUGGGGUGAAAGCUUGGUCGGAUUAUGGAGUCUGAUUCGUUCCAGUUUGUAGAAAUAUCAUCUAUACCCAUACCCUGCAUGUAUAUAUUGACAAUCUGCAUCUAUGGAUACACUG